CGUGAGUGGUUAUAAUCUGUGUAUAUUAAUAUUAUUUCUUGUUUAAAAAUUGAGUCUUGAUAAGUUUUUAUCAGUUUAUGUAAGCAAAAAUUACUUUUUCCUGCAAUAUUGCUUCAUGUGCAAUAUGAUAAUACAAUUUUGUAAUGGAAACUAAAAUCCAAUCACAAAUCAUUGAUUUCUUCUCGUUUUUAGAAGAUUUCUACAGCACAUCCAAAACGUGUUUGAAAACUUGCCAAAACUACGCCGUAUCCAUAAAUAAAAUAAUUCGCCGUUGCAAAAAUAUAAAGGAAGCACAAAUUAUAAACACACCUCUGCAAGAAUUCGAGGGGCUUCAAAGCAAAUUAUUGUCUUCACUCCACAACAUUAUAAAUUCCGAAAUACGGGAAAUACAAACCGAGCUCUCAUCAAUAGAAGAACUUUUUGAAAAACUCUGCUAUAAAAACAAGUUACUUCAGGAAAACUGUAAAAACAUUGACUUCAAUGUUCAAACAGCAUUAGUAAAAGGAACACCACUACAGCCACCAUUGGAACAAAUAUUGCAGUUUGCUUCAGAAUCAGUUACAUUUGGUAGUCAUAUUUGUGCCCAAAUUGAAACAUCAUUAAGGGUUCUCUCAUUCAAAGGUCUAGAAACAUCUCAUUUUGUUGAUAACUUCAAAUUCCCAACCAGUUGGCAAGGCAGAAUUUCUGAAAUUCUUGCAUAUACUUCCUUCUGCCCAGAAAACCACAUUUAAAAAUGGAUCUACUUGGCUCUAUAUUGAAUUCAAUGCAGAAGCCGCCAACGGCGAGCGAGGCACAAAAAAAUGCCAUGCGGAAACAGAAAGAGGCUAUCGAAAAGAAGCAGAAAGAAAACAAGAUAAUGAUAAAUAAAUUUAGACAGCGGGUUGAGGAGAAGAUUAGCGAUUUUAUGAAAGAUGGCACCAAACAACAUUUGCAGUUUGAUCCCAUGGAUCAAAUGUACAGAUCUAUAAUUCGCGAUGUCGCAGAAACAGCUGGUGUUCAAGUGUUUUCCUUUGGGCAAGAGGGCAUUGAUAGAUAUUCCGUAGUGUAUCUCAAAGAUAAAGGGCCCUCGGAAGACGAAGUUGCGGUGCGUAAGUCCGGCGGCAUAUGGGAUGAAGAAAAAGCUAUAGAAAUGGCAAAAAGGAGACAAAUGGAAAAGCAAGCGGAGAAAGAAGACAUAGAAGAGAGGAGUAGAAAGCGAAAGAAUAAAGAGGAGAUAAGUGGGACGUUUUAUAAACAGAAGUAUGCUCAUCUGAUUGGUCAGGAAGCAGCCCUUGAUGCUGCGCACAAAACGAAUAUGAAUAAAAGCUAUGGAGAAGUGCCAAGUGAAAAUAAAAAGGACCAACGCUCCAUAGAACAAACGAUGGCGGAUAUAAAAGCUAAGAAAAUGAGAAAGAUCGAAACGGAGAAGCAGUCGGCAGAGGGUAAUGAAAAUAUCUAGUAUUUAAAGUAUUUCAUUUUAAACUGCGUUGGAGGUUUGUGAUAUAUGGAGUUAUUUAAAUUGUCAUUAACUACAUCAGUAAUUGUUUUUGACUCUUUAACUUAGUAAACAAAGAGGCAUUAGAAGUUAGAACACUAAUGAAAAUAACCUGUUCUAUAACCUCGAGGGUUUAAAGUAGUAUCAUGAAGUGGUCGCUCCAUAUAAAACAAACCUUAAACUCACGUUUAUGUGGUGCAGUAAAUCAAUUAGAUAAUUACAAGAUUGAAUGAUGAAAUUGUCUAAAAAACUAGAAUUUACAUUGCAUUAAAUUUUUAAAUCUUAUGAACUGCCCUGUAUAAUAAAAAAUGAUUCUUUACAACAUGAUUAGAUCCUCAUAGAUAUUGCACUAUUUUUAAUGAGUGAUUACUCGAGCAUUAUAAUUAUAUUUCGACUGAAUAGAUAGGUACAGUAAUCAAUAGUAUAGCACAACCGAUUUGUGAAAAAAACCCAUCAUUUAUUAGGCGGAACAUUUUUACCGGAGUAAGGAAGUAGGCUGUGAUGAAAACCCUCGUCUCAGAGACCAUAGUAUAGUAUUUUGAGUACUAGAGUAAAGUAUGGACCCUUCCUGCCUGUCGUUUAAUGCGGCUCCACUUGCGAACCCUUAGCUUACCGUAGCUGUUGCUGACUGAUCAGUUUGUUUUGAAAAAAAGCAAAAUUUUAAGUAGCGCCUACGAUUAAGGCUUAAUGCCUUUAAAUUGUAUCAAUUUCUAUUUCUCUCGCUGGAUAUUUUGGCUUGGAUAUUCAAGUUAAAAACCCUUUUUAAAAUCAAUUUUUCAAUAGGACGUGUUAAGCGAAAUCCGAAAAAAUGAGGAAUAUCGAAAAAUGCUGAAAGGAAUUUUGAUACUAAAGUUUUAUCGUUAGACUUUUGAAAAUUCACUAUCUCAUUCGAUCAAUUGGUCUAAGAAUGUAGAAUGUGUUUUUUUUUUACAAAUGAGUUCGAUUUUCAUAAAAUUCAGACCUUAUGACUCCUCCCAGUGUUAUUCGAUAUUCCUCAUACUUUCGGAAUUCUCUUACCACGCCCAGUUGAAAAAUUCACCUAGACUAUCUGAGAGAGAUAAUUUAGAGAAAUCUGGAUAAAUUUCAUAAUAAACUACUCAAGCCUAUUACUAGCUGGUAUUCUAUCUCGCUUGCACUUAUAAACUUUACAAUAAGAUCCAUAGUAAAGAUAGGUUAUAAUGCUAUGCCCCGCGGUUUCACCCUAUAGUACAUGAUACAUGAUCUUAUACGCUAUAGUCUUCCUCCAUAAAUGAACUGUCUAACACUGAAAGAAUUUUUUAAUUCGGACCCAUAGUUACUCAGGUUAUCGCGUUCAAAUAAACAAACUCCUUAGCGUUAUAAAAAUAUGAAUAUAGCAAUAACCCACCGAACUUUUAAAUUAAAAAAAUAAUUUAAAAUUAUCCAUCAUAUUUAUAAGAAAAUUAGCUAAUAUAACAUGAAGUUAUUACAAUUGCAGUUGUACCUAGUUAAUAAAAAUGUGCUCUUUUUAUGCAAACAUUCUUAUGAUUGAGUAUUUAAUAGAAAAGUUUAAUAUUUUUAUAUCGAUUGAGCUGUUCAAAUGUAAAGAUUAACAAUGCAAUAGUUAGGGUCGACAUAGAAUAGUUUUAUGUUUCUGAUAAUACUGCGUUAGAUAGUAAAUCCGUUACUAAUAUUAUAAAUGGGAAAGUAACUCUGUCUGUCUCUUCAAGUCUAUGCCACUUAACCGAUUUUGAUGAAAAUUUAUGAAUAACAGGCUAUUACCCGUGCGUGGUAAAGGGAAACAGUUUGUGACUUUGUCAUAAUAUAUUGUCACAUUUUUAAAAUAGCGCCAUCUAUUCCCACUGGUUUGAGAUGUUUUACCACGGUUAAUGCAGUCUGUAUCUUUCUAGCGUCCUUACUAUCACCAGACAAUAAAUUAUUGUAUCACAAAAUCGCAUCCUUCGCGACUUGAAAGAAAGGCAAACGCACUUUCCCAUUUAUAUUGUCAGUAAGGAUGACAAUAGGUCAAAAUAUAUAAUUCACGUUGAAUCAUGUUGAUACAGUAUAAAAUGUGAAAGUUUACCCUAGGGCCUAGACCUUCGCUCUAAUUAAGUUUAGUGGGCUACGUCAUCUUAUGCAGUGUGCACAGGCAUUAUGAAUAAAGAAACUGUAUUAAUCUCUUGGUUUUUUUACAUGCUUAAUAAAUGGAAACAGUAUUCUAAGAGCAAAAAACAACAUGGCGUCAUGGCCGCUUACUUUUGACAUGUCAGUGUCAGUGCGUAAGAUGUGUUAAAAAUGAAAUAAUUAAAAAGUUAUACCUUAACAUCGUAGUCUAGUUUGUUUUUUUUUUUAUUUAUGGACUACACUGUUUUUCUGGGAAUGAUUUAUAAAUAAGAUUAUUUUAGAGAGUGAUAAAGAGUUGUAUAAAAUAUAUUCAUCUCUUUUCUGUGUGAUAUAAUUAUGCUUUGUCUCCCUCACUCUUACCGCCUGUAAAAUCUUUUUAGGUUUCUCUUUUAAAUAAUUUUAGGUCAUAUCAAUUAAGCAGUGUUUAUUAUAUAAGUUGUAUAUCUAAGCAAUAAUAAAUUUAAACGUUGAAUGAUUGUCUAUUAAAACAAUUAUGAAGUAAAUUUAAACAUGAUUUUAUAUUGUAAUUAAGAAAUUAUAAAAAAUUUACCUUGUUUCUUGUUUUGAAGUGUUCCAAGUUCCAAGUGACGUUUUAACGUCAUUAUCACAUUUAUUAAAUGUGAUAUUAUAAGUCAAUUUAAUAUAACAAAGUCUAAAUGGCAAAGCGCGUGCAGCAGAGUUUACUAAAGCUAUUCAUUUACUUUUCUGAAACUCGCUUUAACUGUAAGGCUGUUUUUACACCCUACUGAUACCAAAUUGAAAUGCAAAAAUGUCUUAAAUAUUAACAUUUUUUUAAGUAUACAAAUUCUUAAAUACCCUACUAUCUGUGUUCGAACGGAAAAUUUAUUGUAAUUAGUUUUUGGAAAGACGUGGUUUGUACCUACUAUCUGUGUUCAAACUGGAAUUCAGGAACAUUUAGUGUAAUUAGUUUUUGUAAAGACGUGGCUUGUGUCCAAUUCCUACGCUAUGUUGUGCAUGCGCAACCUGUACUUAACAUUAAAGCAAUGUAGUAGGGUCCAUGUAGACAUUUCAAACUAGAUAAUUUAAACUAACUAAUAUGAUAAGGGAUAAGGAAAGGCUUAAUGGAUGAAGGACUAGGAACGGAUAAGGAAAAGAAUAUUGGCCACUGAACGGAACACAGUAGCAUGCUGUUAUUAUUAUUAUUUCACGCCUAUCUUCAGACUUAUGUAUCUGAUUUAGCUCAAAGGUGAAAGAUGCUAGUUCAAUGAUACCUGCGUGAUGUUUAUCAAAUGUUAAGCGUUCGUUUAUUUUUAAUAAGUAACUCUUUACGUUAAACUUAUUAUGGAUAAACGAUUCAAAGAUAUGUUUCAGUGACAAUACAAUUACCACGAUGUAUAUAUUUAUUACUGUGUUGUGUUUGAAUAGCUAUUUUUGUACCUGACAGUACUUGGAAUUAUCGAUGUAAGGUUAGCAAAUUAAAAGUAUGCUGAAA